AGAACAGAGAACGGAAAACAGAACAAGAACAAGAACAACGCCGCCAUCGCCAUUUUGUGAUCCCUUUCGUGCCUUUGCGUGCUGGCCUCUGAGAUAGAUAGAGUGAUGGUGUCCCUCUCUGUGUCAAGCCGAUUGUGUUGAUAGUUUUUUGGCUUCCGUACGCAGGACCCACUGCCUCAGCGACCAGAGGUAGCGGCAGGACCAGACCAAGCUACCAUGAAGCGAGAAAAUGAGAGUGCCGAGUCCCGGGAAGAGCGAAGAAAAAAGCGAAAAUCUCGCUGGGGUGGAGAUGAGAAGGAAAAAAUCUUCAUUCCUGGAAUGCCAACUGUGUUACCCACAAAUUUAACCAAAGAACAAGAGGAAGCUUAUUUAGUGCAACUGCAGAUUGAAGAGGUUAGCCGGAAGCUGCGCACCGGAGAACUGGGGAUCGCUUCCAAUCCAGAGGAAAGAUCACCAUCUCCAGAGCCAAUAUACAGCAGUGAUGGAAAGAGACUUAACACCCGAGAGUACCGCACGCGGAAGAAGCUGGAGGAUGAAAGACAUCAACUCAUCCAAAAGAUGAUGGAUUUAAACCCAGAAUUCAAGCCACCGCCAGACUAUAAGCCUCCUGUGGUGAGAGUAAGUGACAAAGUGAUGAUACCACAAGAUGAACAUCCUGACAUCAACUUUGUUGGGUUGUUAAUUGGUCCUCGUGGUAAUACACUAAAAUCCAUGGAAAGGGAAACUGGAGCUAAGAUCAUAAUUCGUGGCAAAGGAUCAGUCAAAGAGGGAAAAGUUGGGCGCAAAGAUGGGCAGCCUUUACCUGGUGAAGAUGAACCAUUGCAUGCCUAUGUGACUGCAAGCCACCCGGAAUCCGUGAAAAAAGCAGUGGAUAGAAUUAAAGAAAUAAUUCGUCAAGGUGUUGAAGUUCCUGAAGGCCAAAAUGACCUCCGCCGCAUGCAGUUGCGAGAGCUGGCUCUGCUUAACGGAACGCUGAGGGAGAAUGAUGGACCACGCUGCACCAACUGUGGUGCUACAGACCAUAAAUCAUGGAUGUGCCCUGAUAAACCUAACGUCACCAACAAUAUUGUAUGUUCUGCUUGCGGAGGUGUCGGUCAUAUUGCUCGUGAUUGUCGACAAAAGAGGGCAGGAAGUGAAGGAAGUAGCCGGUCUUCAAACCAAGAUAAAGCCAAAAUUGAUGAAGAGUACAUGUCCCUGAUGGCGGAACUGGGAGAGGGCCCCCCUCCAAGUCGAGAAAAGGACAAUUACCGACGUUCAUCAAACAACAGUUCGAACUCCGCGAGGCUUUUCGAACAGCAGAUGCAGCCGAGGCCUAUCAUGGCUCCCCCUCCACCCACGGUCAUGCAGACUCCGCCCCAGCUCAUCCCAAAUUCUCUACCCCCGCCGCCGUGGAGUCAACCACAGGUCCCCGGCAUGCAGGGUAUCGGUCUGCCUGGUGUGCCUGGCGCUGACAAAGUGUCUGUACCGUCGCCCGCUGCCCAAGCCCUACCUCAGCCUGCGCCUCCCGGCAUGGACUCGAUGCCCAACAUGACCCGCCCGCCCCCACCGGCCUCCAAUGUAAUGCAGGUGCCCCCUCCCUGGCAGAUGCCCAGUGUGCCGCCCCCCAACCUCCUCCAGGCGCCGCCGCCGCCCCCCCCCGCCCCCGCCAGCCAGUCCCCACAGACCACCCCCAGCAUUCCGCCCCUGCUCCCCUGGCUGUCCUCCGCCCAGCCGCCGCCUCCGGCCACGACGCAAAGCAUCGCGAGGCCGCCGCCCACCAACGUGCCGCCCCCGGGCAUCCCCCCUUGGCAACAGCAGCCCCCGGGUCCACCGCCCGCCAUGGGUGGCCCGGGUCCAGUACCGCCCCCCGCCGGUCGGCCCCCGCCGCCCCCUGCUGCACAAGCUGCCAUGAGUGGCAUGUACCCCUGGCAGUCUGGGGGCUACAUGGGAGUUCCUCCUCCUCAACCCGUGCAACCACCCCCAGCGCUAGGCAAUUUGCCUAACCUGCUGGCUGCCCCCCCGCCACCCCCUCCAAGUUAAAAGCUAAUAAUCAAUUGGAGAAAAACCUCUAAAGAGAGAUUUAAUUUUAUUCUUAAACUCAUGCCCAAGAAACUUGAUUUCUUCACAUUUGUUCAUCGUAUGUAAUUUGUGUGUGUUUGUAUCUGAAAAUAGACUUUUCGUUAUGACUUACAAAUUACAAAUUGUGAAAGAUAAUAGCACUUUUUGUAUGUAAUUUGAUUUUUUGGGAUGUUGAUUUCCAUGCUUGAAGACUGUGAAUUCCUUGACCAGACAUGGAGUACUUUAGUUUUAAGUUUGCUAUUGAAAAAAAAAAUGUUCUGCAAUCAUAAAUUUAAUUGACAUCACAUUUUUUU